AUGGCUGGGAUAGCUAGGGAGGAACUAGGGUUUGAUGCAAACCAAGGAGUUGGACAUGCUGAUCAUACAUGUGGGAAUGGAGCUGGAUUUACACUAGACCCUUUGUCACUUCCUAGUGGCCCAAUUACAAGACAUAGAGCCAAGCUAUUCAAGGGAGCACUAAAUGGGCUAAUCCAAGAGAAUUGGAUUAUUUUGGAUUAUUUUCUUGAAGUUCGAUUAAGAACUAAAGAAGACACAAAAGAGUGGAAAAAGAUUUUAAACAUGUCCAAUAAUCAAGAAGAAGACACAACUGGAGAUUUUCGACAACCCGCAAGUCCGAACCUCCAAAUGCAUGCGUUGUUAGGGGAGAUGAGGCGUAUGAUGAGGGCUGAAUUAGAACCUAUUCAUGAGAGGUUGGACAGGGUAGAAGCAGGAACUCCUAGGGAACAACAACAAGACAUCCCCAAUAGGCAACAAGGUGGGCGUGUUCCGUGGCGGAAUGUUGAGGAAGAGGCUGAGUCAGAGGAGUUUGAUGAGCCAUAUUUGAACUGGGGCAGGUUUGAGCGUGGGUAUGGGAAUAGAGAAGAUAGGAUGGGUAGGCCUAGGAGGGAUAAUGAUUUAGGAAACAUAAAGAUUAAAAUCCCAUCUUUUCAAGGUAAAAAUGAUCCUGAAGCUUAUUUGGAGUGGGAAACUAAAAUAAAGAUGGUGUUUGAUUGUCACAACUACUCGGAGAUAAAGAAGGUUAAGUUGGCAGCAAUUGAAUUCACCGAUUGUGCAAUUAUUUGGUGGGAUCAAUUACUGAUUAAUAGGAGGAGGAAUAGAGAGCCACCCGUGGACACUUGGGAGGAGAUGAAAAUUCUUAUGAGGAAGCGUUUUGUACCCAGCCACUAUUAUAAGGGAUUGUAUCAAAAGUUGCAGAGAUUAAAUCAAGGUUCCAAGAGUGUGGAUGAGUAUUACAUGGAGAUGGAGGUAGCUAUGAUCCGGGCUAAUGUAGAAGAGGAUAGGGAAGCCACCAUGGCUAGGUUUUUUCACGGUUUAAAUCGAGAGAUUGCGGAUAUAGUUGAGUUGCAGCACUAUGUUGAGCUGACGGAUAUGGUGCAUCAAGCCAUAAAGGUGGAGGAACAACUCAAACAGAAGGGAUUGGCUAGGAGGGGACAACCUAUGGCUACCACCAGCCUAUGGAAGACAGCUCCAAAAAGGGACGAGCAGCUACAUAAUAAUCCAAAAUUUGAACCCUCGAAUGCCAAGCCAACGACCGCCACUACUUUAGGUAACACUGGUUCUUCUACUUCUAAAACACGUGAUAUUAAGUGUUUUAAAUGUCAGGGGAGGGGACACAUAGCUAGCCAGUGUGUAAACAAAAGGGUGAUGCUGAUUAAUGCCCAAGGAGAGCUUGAGUCAGAGAAUGAGGAAGAAGUAGAUGAUGAUGCCAUGCCACCUUUGGAGGAUGCUGAUGAUGAGCAAAAUGCUAUGGUUGGAGAUUUAUUGGUAGCAAGGCGAGUUCUCAAUGUGCAGAUUAAGGAGGAAGAAAUUUGUAGUGUUAUUAUCGAUGGAGGGAGUUGUACAAAUGUAGCCAGCACUUAUUUGGUGGAGAAAUUGGCCUUAACCACUUUGAAACAUCCUCACCCUUAUCGGCUUCAGUGGCUGAAUGAUUGUAGCGAAAUAAAGGUGACAAGGCAAGUGUUGGUGGCGUUAUCCAUUGGCAAAUAUGAGGAUGAGGUGCUUUGUGAUGUGGUUCCUAUGCAUGCAUGCCAUUUACUGUUGGGAAGACCGUGGCAGUAUGAUUUGAGGGUUACGCAUGAUGGAUUCAUGAAUAGGUAUUCUUUCACUCUUAAAAGGCAACCUAUUACUCUUGCUCCAUUAACUCAAAAACAGAGCGAUAUUGUUUCUCUUUUGCAGGAGUUUGAAGAUGUCCUUCCCGAAGAGAUACCUUAUAGCUUACCUCCAAUUCGAGGGAUUGAACAUCAAAUUGAUUUCAUACCCGGUGCAUCCAUUCCAAACCGACCUGCUUAUAGGAGCAAUCCCGAGGAGACCAAGGAGCUUCAGAGGCAAGUAGGUGAAUUAUUGGAGAAGGGGUAUGUGCGUGAAAGCAUGAGUCCUUGUGCUGUUCUGAGUGGGUAUCAUCAGAUUAGGAUAAAGGAAGGUGAUGAAUGGAAAACUGCUUUUAAGACUAAAUAUGGUUUGUAUGAGUGGUUAGUAAUGCCUUUCGGUUUAACAAAUGCUCCGAGCACAUUUAUGCGUUUGAUGAACCAUGUUUUGCGUGCAUUUAUUGGCAGAUUUGUAGUUGUGUAUUUUGAUGAUAUCCUAAUCUAUAGCAAAAACUUGGAAGAAUAUGUAAUGCAUUUGAAAUAUGUUUUGGAAAUUCUAAGAAAAGAAAGGCCAUUUGCUAACCUCAAGAAUUUCACCUUUUGCACGGAUAAGCUUGUGUUUCUUGGUUUUGUUGUUAGUGAUGAUUUGAGGACAAAUCCUUCUCAAGAGGGGGAGAAUGAUGCAAACCAAGGAGCUAGAUUUACACUAGACCCUUUGUCACUUCCUAGUGGCCAAAUUACAAGACAUUCAAGAAAGCACCAAAUGGGUUAA